AUGAAGAUAUGGCUGUCAAUUUAUGCAGCCUUGCUACUGCAUCUUGCAGCAGUGACUUCUGCAAGCUCAGUGCAUGACAGCUUUGCUCCUGUGCAGGAAGUUCUUCAAGUGCUAUCAAGCCUUCAACACAAAGUUGCCGAAGAAGGAGCUGCAGCAGAAAGGGUGUUCAGCGAGGAGAAGAAGUUCUGCAGCAAGAGAUCUCGGGAGCUACGGCACAGCCACGACGACAUGCAGGCAGAGCAAGAGAGGCAGGAUGCAGACUUGUCACAGGCACAGCUUGAGCUUGCGUCUUGGAGCAGCAAGAUAGAGGAGUUGGCCAAUGCUUUUGCUUCAGAUGAGAAAGACCUCAAGGAGGCCGAAGAUCUCCGUUUCAAGGAUGCCAAGGUCUUCGCUGAAGCUGAGAAGGGACUUUCUUCAACUGUGGAUGCCUUGGAUCGUGCAGUUGGCAUUCUUGGACACGAGCAGCGCAGGGCUGCCCAAGGAGGUUCACUUUUGCAGAUGGAGGAGAAUGGAACUCCUAUUGUGGAAGCCUUGUCAGCGAUUGUGGAGGCAUAUGGGGUCAAGGUGGAUGAUCAGCGCCAGUUGCAGGCAUUGCUGCAAGGCCUGCGCGCAGAGACAUCCGAAGAGGAAGCAGAAGAUGCCGCGCUGAACACCGCCUUUGGCGUAGAGCCUGCGACCUCCAAGUCACGGAGUCGCCAUCUCAUCGGGGUACUGAACGAAAUCCUGGAGAAAGCUCAGGGCGAGCUCGAACAGCUGCGGGGCAAAGAGCAGAGAGAUCUGCACAGCUUCGAGCUGCGAAAGCAGUCACUGGCUGAUCAGAUGGCCUUCAAGAAGCGAGACUUG